AUGGGCAUCAUGAAGAAGUGGUGGAAUCUGGAAUCGGCGGCCGGCAGAGGCAGUGAAAGCAUCCAGUUAGGCAGCAACGCACACCCGGCCAAGUGGCAAACGUUUUGGAAGAAGAUCAAAAGAGAUAAGAAGAAGAGGUUUCCCAGUACUUCGCAAGUUACAAGUUAUGAUCCCAAAACGUAUUCCAACAACUUCGAUCAUGGAACCAGCUGGAUGGAGCCCGAUAAUCUUUCUCGUUCUUUCUCCGCUCGCUUUGCUGUUCCUUCAAACCUUGUACGAAUUAAUACUUCAUUAUUAGAUUAA